UCUCUCUCUCUCUCUCUCUCUCUUGCUUCCCCUCUCUCAUGCGCUCUCCGAUCCCACCGAGAACCCAACCGCAUAGAGGUGGGUUCCUCCCCUUUCCCUUCUCUCUAACCCUAACCCUAACCCUAACCCUAAUCGCAUCCUCUCCUUCUUCAUCUCCUCCGCUUCUCCGCUGCCGAUCUCCGAUUUCUUCGCGAGGAUCGCAGAGGGGGGGACAGAUAUGUACAAGGACCGGGGAGCGGUGGGAUCGAAGGCGGAGAACGGAUCGUUCGAUCGGAAGCGGAUCAACGAGGUCCUCGACAAGCACUUGGAGAAAUCCUCGCCGUCCAGUUCGUGGGGAUUGAACGGCAAGGAUAGGCUUGUGAUGCCCUCCACGUCGACGGGGAACUUCUCCUCUCUCUCCAAGAACAAGUGCUCCAAAGAGGAAUUGGAAAAUAACAGUGAAGAGGAUGGUAGUGGUUCUGAUGAAGAGGACACCACAUGGAUUUCAUGGUUCUGUAGCUUGAAAGGAAAUGAGUUUUUCUGUGAAGUUGAUGAAGAGUAUAUACAAGAUGAUUUCAACCUUUGUGGGCUUAGUGGUCAAGUCCCAUAUUAUGAUUAUGCUCUUGAUCUAAUCUUGGAUGUUGAGUCCUCUCCUGGUGAUAUGCUCACUGAGGACCAAAACGAGUUGAUUGAAUCAGCUGCAGAGAUGCUAUACGGUUUGAUUCAUGCUCGAUAUAUUAUAACCAGUAAAGGAAUGACUACGAUGCUGGAAAAGUUCAAAAACUAUGACUUUGGAAGAUGCCGACGAGUGCUUUGCAGCGGCCAAGCAUGUCUCCCAGUUGGUCAAUCAGACAUCCCUAGAAUUGGUAACGUGAAAGUGUAUUGCCCCAAAUGCGAAGACAUAUAUUAUCCAACAUCCAAGGACCAAAAUGACAUCGACGGAGCUUAUUUUGGGACGACGUUUCCUCACCUCUUUUUGAUGACAUACGAGCAUCUAAAGCCACAGAAGCCGUCGCAGCAAUAUAUUCCCAGAGUAUUUGGCUUUAAAAUCCGUAAGCCUUGAGGAAAACAGUGUAUUUGAUAAUUGUAAUUGGCCAUCAUAAUUUUUCUCUUUUUCUUUUUUUUUUUUUUUGAGUAAUAGCUUGAUCUAUUUAUCAAGCUUUUUUUUUAAAAUUUUUUUUUUAGCCUUGUAGCUAUAACAAUGCAGCAACUUUUUGCUGAGUAUUAGUUUGCAAUUCUAGCUUUGUUCACAUCUUUUUCUCUGUUUCUGUAAAGCUUCUUUUUGGUGAUGGUUAUGUUUGUUUGAUAUGAAGGGAAAGAAAACAAAGAGUAAACAAGAGUGAGGAGAAUGAGAGGUGUUCCAA